AUGGCUUCACCAUCCGCACCCCCAAACCCGCUGUCCGGAGACGACGAACCCAAGUAUGGAGGUUACACGCGCUUCGAGAUUGAGUUGGAAUUCGUACAGUCCCUCGCGAAUCCAAUGUACCUAAACCACCUCGCAGCGCACAAGUUCUUCCAGCAGCCCGCCUUCGUCGAGUAUCUCAAAUAUCUCCAAUACUGGAGCAAGCCGCCAUAUCUCAAGUACCUCACGUACCCGGGGCCUACAUUGAAGAACCUAGAAUUGCUACAGCAGGAGAGGUUUAGGCAGGAUAUCAUCAGCCCGGAGCUCGUCAACGCGCUCAUGCAGGAGGGUCUCAAGGCAUCGGUGGACUGGCAUAAAGAAAGCUGA